UAAUAUGAUAGGCACAGCAUAGUUGGUGGUGUGUGAAAGAGAGAGAGAGAGCUUAUCCUGAAGUGUGUGUAGCAGCAAGAAGAAGGCAAUGCCAACCUUGAACCUCUUCACAAACGUGCCCGUCGACCCUGUCGUUGCUUCUGACAUUCUCCGAGAUGCAACCAAAGCUGUUGCAAAGAUCAUCGGAAAACCCGAAUCCUAUGUGAUGAUUUUGUUGAAUGGGGGGGUGCCUAUUGCAUUUGGUGGCACUGAAGAGCCAGCUGCUUAUGGAGAACUGAUCUCAAUUGGGGGCAUUGGUCCAAGUGUUAAUGGGAAACUCAGUUCUACAAUUGCAGAAAUUCUUCAAACUAAGCUAUACAUUGAUAGCUCGCGUUUCUAUAUCAAGUUUUAUGAUGUUCAGCGCUCAUUCUUUGGGUUCAAUGGCUCAACCUUUUGACCAGACUUUCUUUCUAGUCAUAGACUUAUGGAGUUUCACAGGGAAAAAAUAUGACUAAAUUCAUCGUUCUGUGGAUUAUUACAAAUUUGUAUGCAUGAUUGUAGUGAACAACACAAGUGAUAUAAUCAAAAUGGGAAAAUGCGUCGUCCUGUGGAUUGUUGUUGGAUCUGAAUCUUAACUUUAUAAACCAUAUAGGGAUGAUUAGGAUUUUAAACGGAAAUGGAGGUGACUUGACUACUUGAGCACAUCGUAAUGAAGCGUA